UCUGGUUGGCCUCAUGCUACUGAGCGGAGCUUCUCCUGCCGGCUCCGGCCCGGGGCCGCGGGCGCAGGGGAGCGCGGGGGGCGGCCCGGCUGGAUCGCGCCGGGGCGCCGGAGGUGCGGGAACCGGCCCAGGAGGGGGCGGCAGCGGCGGAGUGGCCAAGUGGCUCCGGGAGCACCUGGGCUUCCGCGGGGGGGGCGGCGGCGGAGGUGGGGGCAAGCCGGCGCCCCCGGAGCCGGACUACCGCCCCCCCGCACCUUCCCCGGCCGCGCCCCCCGCACCUCCCCCGGACAUCUUGGCCGCCUACCGACUGCAGAAGGAGCGCGACUUCGAAGACCCCUACUCCGGGGGGCCGUCCGGCUCCGCUGCUCUAGCCACCCCUGCCGUUCCCGGCCCCACGCCGCCCCCGCGCCACGGCUCGCCACCCCACCGCCUUAUUCGGGUCGAGACCCCUGGCCCCCCAGCGCCUCCUCCCGAGGAACGGAUCUCUGGACCACCCGCCAGCAGCGACAGGUUAGCAAUUCUAGAAGACUAUGCGGAUCCAUUUGAUGUUCAGGAGACUGGUGAAGGCCCAAUAGGAGCUUCAGGAGCCCCAGAGAAGGUCCCCGAAAAUGACGGUUACAUGGAGCCCUAUGAGGCCCAAAAGAUGAUGGCCGAGAUCCGGGGCUCCAAGGAGACAGCAGCUCAGCCCUUGCCUCUGUAUGACACGCCCUAUGAGCCAGAGGAGGAGGAGGAGGGGGCCACCCCGGAAGGUGAGGGGGCCUCCUGGCCCCGGGAGUCCCGCCUGCCAGAGGACGACGAGAGACCCCCUGAGGAGUAUGACCAGCCCUGGGAGUGGAAAAAGGAGAGGAUUUCCAGAGCCUUUGCAGUUGACAUUAAGGUCAUCAAAGACCUACCUUGGCCUCCACCGGUGGGACAGCUGGACAGCAGCCCCUCCCUUCCCGACGGGGACAGGGACAUCUCCGGUCCAGCCUCACCCCUCCCUGAGUCCAGCCUGGAGGAUGGCAGCGCCCAGUUUGAAGGAUCUGAGAAGAGCUGCCUGUCACCUGGCCGGGAGGAGAAGGGGCGGCUCCCUCCCCGACUCUCUGCAGGGAACCCCAAGUCAGCCAAGUCCCUAAGCGUGGAGCCCAGCAGCCCCCUGGGGGAGUGGACAGACCCAGCACUGCCACUGGAAAACCAGGUCUGGUACCACGGGGCCAUCAGUCGAACAGAUGCCGAGAACCUGCUCCGGCUGUGCAAAGAGGCCAGCUACCUGGUGCGCAACAGUGAGACGAGCAAGAACGACUUCUCCCUGUCCCUCAAGAGCAGUCAGGGCUUCAUGCACAUGAAGCUGUCCCGGACCAAGGAACACAAGUAUGUGCUGGGCCAGAACAGCCCACCCUUCAGCAGCGUCCCUGAAAUCGUGCACCACUACGCCAGCCGCAAGCUGCCCAUUAAGGGGGCCGAGCACAUGUCCCUGCUCUACCCCGUGGCCAUCCGGACUCUGUAGGUGUGAGGCCCGGGCAUUGUGACAGAUCUGGACCCAGCCCUGUGCUCAUCCCCUGGCUGAGGGCUGUGGCCCUUCGUGGGCCACAUGAUCUCUCAAACCUUUCUUGCCCUCUCCCUGGAAUCGAGUGGCAGCUGGAGAUUCCUUAAUUUAUUCUAAAGGGAAGGACUACUGGAGCCUUGGAGUAAGAGGUGGUCUGGAGCUGAGGAUAGAUGACUCCCUGGGGGGAAAGGCUAGCCCCUGGAGGAAGGGAUUUCAGAAUCGCUGAUCUCCUGAGGAGUUUAAGAUAGACAGCUCCAGCCCCUUUCUUCCCCUAGGGCAGAGGUGGCGACCUCCUCCCCGCCACCCUCUUUACCCAGGGGUGGAGGGGUGGAUUGGGAAUGGAGCUGGACGCGGGCCCUCGGGGCGCUCUAACCACCUCUCCGCCUCCACCCCCAAACCACCAGCGGGCUCCGCCCGGAGUCUGGUGCGGGGCUUCGGGAAGACAGACCCGUGGGAUGGAGACGGCAUUGGGGGUGGGGAAGGAGGGGAAGGGCUCGGCCGGAGGGAACUUGUGCAGGCCCGGGGCCGCCCCGGCUCCGGGCCAGAGGCAAUAAAUAAACCCAGUCCUGCCAGGCACAGCCGCUUCCGCGCCUCCAGCGCCGCAGCUCCCUCCCGUCCGCCCCCCGGCUGACGGG